AAAAAAAUUGUGAAAAGAGUUUAAAUGAUUUUGUUUUAAAAAUCAUUGGAAAAUUAAAAAAAUUAGCCGAAAAGGCCCUUUGUAAAAAAAAUUGCCAUUGGAAGUUGAAAAAAAAUUUUGGUAACUUAACCUCACAUCAAUGUGGAACGGAAUGUAAUAAAGUGGAAAAGAAAAAUUACAUAUUUAAUUAUGUGAACAAAUAUUAAAAAAAGAAAAAUAAAAAUUCUUAAAACCCACACACACACCUUAAAAUCCAAAGAAAAUCUCCCUCCUCCAAAAAAAAACCGUUAAGCCAGUGUUUGAAAAUUAAAAAAACAGAGGAGAAAAAAUUAAUCCUAAACUUUGAAAGUUUUUCUUUGUGUGGCAUUACAACUGCAACUGCAACCCGUAACCGUAACACAACUUCCUUUAAGACACACCAACAACAAGAGGAAGAAGAAAAAAAGAAAGAAAACCGUAAAAUAAUCACAAGUUGCAAACCGUGUGUGUGAAGAGAGUGUGAGAAAGUACGAGAGCACAUUGAUGACCAUUCUCAUUGCAUUGCAUUUGUGGAUCAUCAUCAUCAUUGCCGAAUCAAUGAAACACAACCAGCGGAGACAUUGAGCUCAUACAUUGGCCAGUCCUCCGACAAACAAAAAAACGUACGGUCUGCCGGUCAGCCAUCGAUUGGAUAUUUUUUUUCGAUUCUUCUAUUUUUUUCUCCCGUGUGUGGAUAAUUUACGUGAAUUUUCUUCAUUGUCUGCGGCUCCUGGAUUAGUUGUUGGCGUUUUUUUAAAGAAAAGCAAAAAAAAAAAAAUAAAAAGUUUUUCCCUUUGUUUUUCUCCAACAACGUUGUGCAAAACCCAGAAACAACAACAGCAAAAAAAAGAAGAAGAAAAAAAAAACAAAUCCAAUGUGUUAUUUAUCUUGUGCUUUGUACUUGGAAAUCUAUGUGGGAUUAUAAACUCAACCCUUAAAUCGGGGGGAUACAAUGAGGCCAGAAGUAUACGAUGUUACCACAGUUUACACUCUAUGCCAGGAUUAUUUUUUUUAUGAUGGUAAUGUUUGCCUUUGCAACAACAGCAUGUUCAAAGAAAACAAACGAUUAUGUGAUAAUGUUAAAAAAUCACGAGAGGGCAUUACAUAUAAAUGCCGCCGGCAAAGUGACAGCAACAGAUAUAUCAUUAGCACAAUUCUUCACAAUGGAAAGUGUUACCGACGCCUUAAGCGAUACAUUCCGAAUUGCUUUAUACGUAAAAGAAGUAGGGCGUUAUUUGUGCUUUCGCAAAGGAAAACUAGUUGGAAUGAAACACCUUGUGCCCGAUUGUCAUUUCAUCGAAAAAAUGGAUCAUGGCUAUUUCCUGUAUGCUAAUGCCUACAAACCGGAGUGGCGGGUUGGCUUUACGCGCGGCCUUAAGCCGGUCGGCCCACGGCACCUGCAACGUCCACAAACUAUGCGUAGAGCUUGCUUUCUAUUUGUUAAAAUUAAUGCUGAGCAUUUUGAUCGGGAUAUGUUUACUACAACAACUACCACUACAACAACAACCACAAUGUCUCCCUUGAAAAAAUUGAUUGAAUCAAGGGAUCAACACAGUAUACGUGACUAUGGUUUGGAGGAGUACGAAAGACGUCUGAACUCGAGUCGGGGCAGAAAUUAUAGAAAUCAUAGCCGAAUGGAGCCGGAAAGAAGAAGAGGUUCCACGGGUGGUGGAGGAGGCGGCGGCGUCGGUCAUAGGCAUAGGUCGCCAGAGACCCGGCAUAGAAAUGUUUCAAACACACCGCAGCCAAAAAACUUGAGACGACCUCAGCCCACACAAAAGGCUGGGGAGGAACGCAGAAAAAAAACUCAACGAGAAAACGUACGACGGGUGCACACAAAUGGCCAAAGAAAGCGUAAGCAAGUCGAUUCACAUUACGAUCACAGUGACCUGCCACCAAACUCACAAAGUAGCCGAGCCGGUGGCGGUACCAGCAGCAGCAGUAGUUCGGCAUCUUCUACAGCCUCGGUGACGGCCACAUCACUGGCCGCCACAGUAAGCUUGGCGCCCUCGGCCCUCAAUCUGGUGGCCAUGUUGGCGGCCAGUCGCCGCAAAAGGGUUAAACGAAAGAAGCUGGAAGAGGAGCAGGAGCAGGAUGAGAGCGAAACACAGGCAAGCGGAGGCAAUGCUGAAAAGCAAAGAUCGGCAAAUAGUGAUUUACAGUUGGUAGCACAUGAUGACGGCCAUGAGUCGGAACAACUGUACGAUUUGCCGGCAAAGAAAGCCCGUAAGAGCCAGACGCCACAUGACCAUAGUUACCAUCAAAAAUCCAGCUAUGCGGAGCAAAUGCCGGUAGCAACAACACCUGAACAUUUUGUACAGCAGCCACAAAACCAUAAAUACUCAAAUAGCAAUGCUAAGAAAUUCCAUAGUCAUAAACGUAGUAAUAAUAGCCAUCAUAGUCGAAAUAGCCAUAGACAACAACAACUGCAAGAAGAAGGUGAAGAACGAGACGAAGAAGAAGAAGAAGAAGCAGAAAACCCUAGCCAUAGUCUUAGUAGUAGUGGUAACAAUAAUAAGAAUAAUUAUUUAAACGAAAAUCUAUCAAAGCUAACGAAAUUAAAAACGAAUACGAAUAUAAAUCUUAAUUUAAAUACUAAUAUUAAUAAUAAUACUAAUAAUUUAAAUGCUAAUGCAAUAUUACCUGCCUUGCCAAAAAACUUCAAUAAUACGGAUAAGCAAAACAGCCACAAUAAUCAAGCAAAACAAUAUUUAAAUUUAAUGACUGAUUUUAAGCAAUUAAAAACACCCACACCUGCAUUAAAUGUUUCUCAGCAACCACAACACCAACAACACCAUCGCCGUCAGCACCAUAACAAUAACGGCGUCAAGCAUUCCUUAAGGCGUCAUCGCCAUAAAAGAGAUUUGGGGUUUAGUUUACCUCAACUCUCAGCAACUAGUCAAAUGACGAGGCCACAACCACGAAGCAAUGCCGAUGAGUUGAGAGGCCUUGUAAACAAAGAAAACGAACUCCCAACAUUUCAUCGGAGAAGUAGUGAUGUGGAGAGUUUGGAUAACAGCAAGAGAGUUGAGUAUGAGGAGGAGCAUAAUUAUGAGCACGAUGAUGCCGAUGAAAACGGUGGUGACACUAUCAAUAAAUCCAAUAGACUUUUAGAUAAUAAUAACAACAACCAUAAACAUUUAAGUGAGGACAAUAAUUUUCUUCAGCAGCAACAGCAAAGGCCACAGCCUUCAGGGUUGCCAUUUAAUCGCUUAAAAUACCCAAAUAAUGUUAAUCGAAUAAGUUCAGAUGAUGAUGAUGAUGAUGACGACGACGUCGAUGUUAGUUCUAUGAAAUUGCAAAAACAAAACAUUCCAAAUGAGCAUAACAUUGCCAGUCAUUAUUUAGAGUCUGAUGCUAACUAUAAUCCUAUGAAAAUCAGGUAUAAUAAGGCCAAUUAUUUAAACGCAGCAGCAACAACAACAACUAAAAAUAAUAAUAUUAAUAUUACUAAUAAUGUUAACAAGCCUAAUGCAAGUUUUAGCGGUGUUUUCUCUCAACUAAAUGACAUUAAUAAUAACUAUAUGAGACACCAGAGCCGCAGCCGCAGCAGCAGUAGUAGUAGUAGUGGCAGUAGUGUUAGUGCCGUCAAAAAGACAAAUGUUAAUAACAAUAUUACCCGGCAUAAUGUUAUAAUAAUUAGUAAUGUUUUAAAUAAUGAUGACAUUGAUGUUAGUGGCAGUGGUGCAGCUGCAACUGCAACAGCUUUUCAAACCAGAUUUGUGCUUGGCCAAAAAAAUAUGUAUAGACAGCUUCAGCAGCAAAAAACACAACAACAAGUUAUUGAUAAUAAAUUUAUAACUAACACUAAUUUAAAAAAUAAUAAUAAUAAUAUUAAUGUUCAUUAUAUUUAUAAUCAUAAUGAAAAGAAGACGAAGCAAAAUGAUGUCAAUGAUGAUGAUGAUGAUGUUUAUGAAAAUUUCAUAAAAACUGAAAAUAAAUAUGAAAAAAUUAUAGUACAAUACAGAUCUGUAGUUCAAAUUAUUUAA